AUGGAAGAGACUUCGUCCAAGGACUUCACGUCCGUCAGGUUUGUAGACUAUCGACGAGACGUCCUCCCCGUCGAGAAGCAUGUGGCCCUUUCGGGCCUGUACACCUACAAGGAAGCAUGGAAGGUGGCUAGCGAGGGCCAUGUGCGCGUCAACGGCGAGCAAGCGAGAAACAAGCCGAGAAAGGUCCUCUCCUCGUGCACCAUCGGCGGGAACGCUACUAAAGGAGAGCUGAGCAAGGCGGAAGAGUUUGGGACCGUGAUAGACCUGGUCCCCUCCAACCCGAGAGUCUCUCCUGCAGGACGACUGGACUUCGACUCCGAGGGACUCAUCGUGCUGACCAACGACGGCUCCCUCAUCAAGCUGCUGACGUCACCCCAGUACCAGAUGCCCAAGACCUACCUUGCUCUCGUGCGGAGCUUCAAGUACCCGGAGGGCCCAAGUGACGAGCAGCUGGCGAGUCUGGUGAAGGGGAUCGCGCUGCAGAACAAGGACGUGCUGUCAUGUGCCAGCGCUCGGAGGAUAGAACAUGGAGCCGAGGACAACACGCACUGGAUGGAAGUGAUCUUGACGGAGGGAAAGAACAGGGAAGUCCGCAAACUUUUCAAGGGGAUCGGAUUUACCGUCCUUCGACUCAUACGUACUCGGAUCGGCUCCAUCGCCGGGCCGUGCGAGCAGGAGGGGAACCUGAGGGAAGGGGAGGAGGGCAACGGGGAGGGGACUGCCGCGAGGGAUGCGCGUCAACAGCCGGGGAGCACCCGGAGGGCAGUGGAGUCAGGACAGGUGCUGAGGGUGGGAGAGUACCGGGAGCUGGCGGAGGAGGAUAUUGUGGGCAUUUUAAAGUUGUGCAAAGAUUGA